CCGAUAGCCUUUUUGUUUUCAUUAAUUUCUUCGGAAUUUUAAUUAUCUAAAGACUUUUGAAUUUCCACUUUCUUGCUGCGAAUAAAGUUUGGGGACUUUGGAAACAAUGUUUUUUUACGAUGUUCAACAAAAAGUUAUUUGUUCGGCGGCCUUGAUACGGUUGUGUUGUGUUUUGUUUGUUUUUUGUUGUUGUGGUUGUUCUAGUUGUUGUUGUUCUUGAUUUUCGUCCGAGUGACGGACAGUGGGUAUUUUUUUUUUUUGGAAAUCUAAAAUUUUCUAAUGGCUUUGAUUUUGAAAUAUUUUUACUUUUGGAUUUCUUAUUGGUUCAAUGAGCAUAAAGAUCCUCGUGUUGAAGGAUUCUUCCUUCUGGGAUCACCAUUUCCCAUGUAUUUGAUGAUAAUACUGUAUUUGGCUUUUGUGUUGAAAUGGGGACCGAAAUGGAUGGAGAAUCGAAAACCGUAUGACUUGAAAAAUGUUAUUAGAGUUUAUAAUUUUCUUCAAGUUGUCAGUAAUUUAUGGUUGUUUAUUUUUGGCAUUCGAAAUUCAUAUUUUCGAAAAGAAUUCAGUAUGUUUUGUCAACCUAUAGAUACCACCAAUAAUAAACCCUGGAUGCAGAAUUUACUAUUGGCAACUUAUGGAUAUUAUAUAACGAAAUAUGUUGACCUUCUGGACACGGUAUUUUUUGUAUUGCGGAAGAAAAAUAAUCAAAUUACAUUUUUACAUGUCUAUCACCAUGCGGGUAUGGUGUUUGCCGUUUACAUAUUCACAAAGUUUUUGGCUGGAAGUCAUUCAACAAUGCUCGGAGUCAUCAACCUCUUCGUCCACACCAUCAUGUACAGCUACUACCUGCUCAGCUCAAUCAAUCCAAAGUACACAAAGAGUAUCUGGUGGAAACGCUACAUCACUCAAUUGCAACUUGUGCAAUUUGGAUAUCUAGUUUUUCAUUUUAUCAUCGUUAUAGUAAAAAACGAUUGCGGCCAUCCUAAUUUGAUAGCGUUUGUGGGACUCAUACAGAAUUUGUUUAUGUUUGCGUUAUUUUUUGAUUUCUAUAGAAGGUCUUAUAUAAGAAAAAGGACGAAAGUGCAAUAAACAAAAGAAUUACUUUCGUAUCAUUUCAAAAGAUUUA